AUGAAGUCUGCCCUUCAAGAUUUACCUACAUUCGUUGAUCCAAAUACAUGGAAAACGUACGUGGAGCGGCGUAAAACUGCAGAGUUUGAGGAAUCAAGAAAGAAACAUCAAGAAAUACGGAGUACGAAUGUUCAUCCACAUCAUUUAGCCCGAGGAGGUUAUAAGAGAUUGGAGAAGAUUAUGAUGGAUGAGAAGAUGAAAGAACAAGAAGAAGCUGCAAGAUCAGAUCCAUCGUCAGUAGUUGUUCCUCCAUCUCCGCCAGCUAGACAUGAAAAGUGGAAGAGGGCAAGAAUGAACAAAUCAGGAAAUAUCAACAAAGAAGAGACUAGAAUGGUCGUGGAAAAGAUUGAUUUGCUAUCACUGCAAGCUUCUCAAGGAGAGUUUGUUGAGUCCGGUACACAAGAUAUAUUGUCUAGUGCCGUAGGUACAGAUGAGCAUUGCGGACGUGUUAGAGCCAUGAGUAGAGCACAUGGCUUAAAAAGCUACUUUGGUCAUGCAAAACGUCGUCAAAGCCAGUCUACACCACAAGUGAAAGAUAUGAUUAAGAAGCAGUUGCUGAGGCGUUAG